ACAGCCAGCGAGUUCGAUACAAGCUUUAAAGUCUCUUCAUCAGAGGUAAAGUCACUAGUUGAAAAACGUUUGGUGUGGUUUAUAAUCGUAUCCGUCAGCCAUGGCGAAGGCAACAGCCGAGGACUCAACAGUACAUCUAGAAAUUGUUGGCUUAAUUAAAGUGCAGAAUUUCCAUGUUGCUACUAGGAUUGCUGAGGGACUCAAACAGAAGUUUCCGGAGGCAUUUCUGGAUCCAACAAUCCAGCCUUUGCUUGAAUUUGAUUGGGAUGCUUAUUUGUGGACCAAAAAAAGGGAGCUGCGUGGUGAAGUGUGGCAGUACGCCAGCAGCCUAAUGUGCUUUGUGAACGGCCGUCUCCUCGGUACAGAGGGGGAUCUCGCCAGCUGGGCCAAGAAUCAAUGGGGCUUCACUUCCACUGAGCCGCAGACUUUCUGUCACGCUCUUGCUGAAGAUCGCUACUCCAGUCAUUUGCAGAAAACUGGGCAUCUGUUUGUCUUCAUGGACAUUGACAUUGGCAGAGAAGCAGCAGGGCGGUUAUUGUUCGAGCUGUUUACAGAUGUGUGCCCAAAGACGUCCAAAAACUUCCUGGCUCUCUGCACAGGGGAACAGGGUUCCUCACAAAGCGGCAUCACGCUUUGCUACAAGAACUCUCUGUUUCACCGUGUGGUAUCCAACGGCUGGGUGCAGGGUGGAGAUAUUUCCCCAGGUCGAAAGGGGAAUGGAGGAGAGUCCAUCUAUGGACCAACUUUUGAAGAUGAAAGCUUUGCAAUUUCCCACUCUAAGCGGGGCAUUCUGGGAAUGGCCAACCAAGGCCCCCACAGUAAUGGAUCCCAAUUUUACAUCACCUUGCAGCCAACACCCUGGAUGGACAGAACAUAUGUUGCUUUUGGUCAAGUCGUUGAAGGUGUCGAUGUCCUCAGGAGAUUAGAAGAGGUCCCAACCUGCACUGAAAGACCACAAUAUGACUGCAAAGUUGCAGAUUGUGGAAUAUUUAAGCUAUAGCUCUGAAAUAUUGGUUGUUGGGUUUUUCCAUACUAAUCAAAAUUCUGCACAUUAUCAAAAAUAAAUUAAUCUAUAAAUGUGUAAUUGCUAAAAUGUCACUGUGCUGGAUUUAGAUAAAAUAAGUGUUGUGU